AUGGCAGUGGGGGUGGACCAGUUACCAAAAUUUAAUGGAGGCUGGAUUUGGAAGCUUCAUGUACUCCCAAAGAUUCAGUUCUUCCUGUGGAAAUGUACCCAUAAUAGUAUUGGAGUCAAUGAAUGUCUUGCUGCCAGGGGAAUGAACAUCAACUCGCUCUGUCUGCUUUGCCGUAAGGAGCUUGAGUCUAUUAUUCAUGCUCUUUGGAAUUGCGAGAAGGAAGAUUGGUGUAGCGAUGAGUUUAUUGGUGGAGUUGUGGGCCAUUCGGGAUGGUUUGAUGCUCUGUAUCGAAGAAGAUUGACCAUGGUUGAGGUGGAGUUAGACGCUAAGGCUGUAGUGGAUAUGUUGGUUGAUUCCCAUUACUCAAAUAACGCUAUUGCCCCUCUGUUAGAGGACUGCAAGUACCUUAUUUCGCAUAUACCUCAAGUUAGGAUUAAACACUGUUACCGUGAGGCCAACAGGUGUGCGGAUAGACUUGCUAGGAAAGGUGCCAACUAG